CAACUGUCAAAUAGAACAAAAUCACAGAUUUAGGAUAGGAAUAGGAAGAUUUUUGAAUAAUAGAUUUUUAAGUUUUAUCGCAUUUUAAUCAGUAAAAUGGCCAAGAAAACAUACGAUUUGCUCUUUAAACUUCUACUAAUCGGUGACUCUGGUGUCGGAAAAACUUGUAUAUUGUUUAGAUUUUCAGACAAUCAUUUUACGACUACAUUCAUAUCCACAAUCGGGAUAGACUUUAAAAUUAAGACAGUGGAACUACGUGGUAAAAAAAUAAAGCUCCAAAUUUGGGACACUGCAGGACAGGAGCGUUUCCAUACCAUCACAACUUCCUACUACAGAGGGGCCAUGGGGAUAAUGCUUGUCUAUGAUAUAACUAAUGAGAAAACAUUUGAUGAUAUAGUCAAGUGGUUAAGAAAUAUAGAUGAGCAUGCUAAUGAAGAUGUGGAAAAGAUGAUACUGGGUAACAAGUGUGACAUGGAGGAGAAGCGCGUUGUCAGCAAGGAGCGGGGAGAGGCUAUAGCGCGCGAGCACGGCAUCCGGUUCAUGGAGACUUCGGCCAAGUCCAACAUCAACAUCGAGCGCGCCUUCUCCGAGCUGGCCGAGGCCAUCCUGGACAAGACGGCGGGCCGCGAGGCUGACGCGGACGCGGCGCGCAUCGCCGUGGAGCGCCGCCCCUCGCGCGCCCCGCCCGCACGCGCCUGCUGCUCCUAACUCCGCCCCGCACGCCCCGACACGCCCCGCACGCCGCAGGUUUCUUAUAUAUGUUACAUUAUUUCUGAAUUAUUAAGCUGAUAAGACGCGAGAGGUUCACAUCGUAAGAUCAGAUCAGCCUCAACAAUUCUAGAAUCUCCCUUUCCAAAAAUAAACCGUUACUUUUUAUGCUAUUUAUUAAACACCUUAAGAGGCUUUUGAUAUAAAAUUUGACAAUACAGAAUCCUAGCGUUCAUGUAAUAAACAAUAUUUCGCCUGCAAAAUACCUGUACUUAAUGCCGGUCAAUACAUUUUAUGUUUAUGGAGCAUAUUGAUACAGUUUUAUAACAAUAUUAUGUAUUUUAGUGGUAAGAUAUAAAUGGUAUAAUUGUAAUGGAGUUUUUAUAAUUUUGAGCUUUUAAAUAAUAAUUAUAAAUGUUGAAGUCGGUCUAGUCCCGUACUGAAAGUUGUACUUUUAGGGUAAAAUGCAUUCAGCAUGCGACAAAAAUCGCGCGACUCCUUCGCGUAUUUUACAUUAAUUUGCACAGUUCCAGAGCAUGGAAACUGUUAGCUUUGGAUGUAUAUGUGAUUUAAGUUAUUAGCACAGUCUAAUUACAGGCAAUGUAAUGUCGGUCUGUGAACUGUGUGUAGCGCAUCGCCGCCGCCGUCUCUCGAUAACGGAUUUACAAUAUACAAAAUAGUAAAUUAAAACUACAAGAAGGGCAAUGUUAGCAUCACGCAGUGUCCCUUGCUGCGGCUACAGAUUCCACUUACAGACUAAACAUAUUACGAUGCAGGAGGCUGCGGCCGCUCUACACUACAUGGACCGUUGCGACGUCUCCGUUACUCAGACCUAGAUUAUUACACAAAUAGAACUCGUUCGUUGUCACCAAACAGUCUACGUUUUUACAUUUCAAUAUGAUAAGAUUUAAAUAAACGAAUGAGCGGAGCGACGUCGCGACCUCCCCCCGCCCACUCGCCCACUCGCCCACUCUAGUGAAUGUGGACGUAAGCUAAUCAAUACUUUAUUGUACGGUGUAUGUGUCUCGUCGGUUUUUACCUGCUUUUAUAAAUAUAAAUAAAUAUCGGCGAUGUAUAUUAUGUUCAUAAUAAACUACUUAUCGUGA